GUUGACAAUUGCAUUUUUCGCACUCUCUGGUCUGGAUAUGUUGGAUUCCUUAGAUGUGGUGAACAAAGAUGAUAUAAUAGAAUGGAUUUAUUCCCUGCAGGUCCUUCCCACAGAAGACAGAUCAAACUUGGAUCGCUGUGGAUUCAGAGGCUCUUCAUAUUUAGGGAUGCCAUUCAAUCCUUCCAAGGGUCCAGGUAUAUCUCAUCCCUAUGAUAGUGGACACAUCGCAAUGACUUACACAGGUCUGUCAAGUCUGGUUAUUCUUGGAGAUGAUUUAAGUCGAGUAAAUAAAGAUGCUGUACUGGCAGGACUGAGAGCUCUUCAGCUGGAGGAUGGCAGUUUCUGUGCAGUGCUGGAAGGAAGUGAGAAUGAUAUGAGGUUUGUGUACUGUGCUUCCUGCAUCUGCUACAUGCUUGAUAAUUGGUCAGGCAUGGACAUGAAGAAAGCGAUAGACUACAUUAGAAGAAGUAUGGUGAGUAUUUGCAAGGUGUUUUUUACCACUUUUUAA